AUGGCGCAAAUUUUUCAAAGUUCAAAUGGCGCUGUUGAGCUUGCGUCUUUGGCCAAAGUCAUUGACGGUAUCACCUUUGAAAGUGUUAGGCGUUGGAGCAUUGAACAAGUUUCAAUUUGGUUACAAGAAAACAAUUUUAAAGAGCAUCAAAAGCUUUUUGCCGAGUUAGAUCAUGAAGUUCUUAAAGAACUAAAAAUUAGAUCGAUCGGCGAUCGUAUUAGGCUCAUAGCUGCAGUAAGAAAUUUGUUAAAAAUUUGUGCCGGAAACAAUUAUUCUACAGUUAAAUAUCCUAAAGAUACAAAUUCUUCCGAAAACGAAAAGAUCAAAAGUACACUUUCAAGAUCUAAUUCGAAUUCACGUGUGCUUAAAUGUAUUAAAGUUUAUGGUGAAGAAGGUCAAACACGGACUAUUCCUAUAAACAGCAUCACUGACGCCAAAUCUAUUUUGGCUCGUAUUUUACAAAAGUUUAAUAUUAAUGAGGAUGCUGAAAAAUAUUCAUUAUUUGCUACGUUAAGCGAUGCUCGAAGUUUGUCUGAUGAGGAGAUAGUCGAUAUUUGUACAUGCGUCACUAGACCAGAGCGUGAAAGACUUACCCUACGAAAGAAACAUUUGCCAAUGAGCCAUGAGCAAAAAAAGGAACAACUGAGAUCUAAAAAAUUAGAAAAUUUCUUUGGUGAACAACCACCACGCGCACAGCCAACCGGAAUAGCUGGAAUAUCACAUAGGAAAUUAAGAAAUUUCUUUGGUCAACGUCCACCAUCUGAAUUAAUUUCAUCAAAUUUGACAGACUAUUUCCCUGGUCAUGCUACUGAAGAUCUUGAACAGCCUCAAGAAGGAUGUCUUCUGCUUCUAGAACUUCAAGGACAAGAUCUAGACGGCUCUUUUGGUAGCGUAUAUCUUGGACUUAAUUCAGCUACCGGGGAAUUGAUGGCAGUUAAGCAAGUGGAGUUGCCUACUGGAAAUUCUGCAAAUGAAGAGCGUAAAAAAUCUAUGGUGGAUGCUUUACAAAGAGAAAUUGCUCUUUUGAAAGAACUGCAACAUGAAAAUAUCGUUCAAUAUCUUGGUUGUCAACGUGAUGAUGAAACAUUAAAUAUUUUCUUGGAAUAUGUACCCGGUGGAUCUGUUACAACAAUACUUAAUAACUAUGGCGCAUUGGAAGAGCCUUUAGUUAGGUCAUUUGUCCGACAAAUUUUACAAGGGUUAGAGUAUUUGCAUGGAAAAGACAUCAUACAUCGUGAUAUUAAAGGGGCUAAUGUUUUAGUGGAUAACAAAGGAAGAAUAAAAAUAUCAGAUUUUGGAAUAUCCAAAAAAGUAGAAGACCGUAAGUGA